CUGGACUGUCUCGUACUUCAUACCCCAUACACACUUGGUCUGAUUCAUAACAAAGGAUAUUUCAGCCUCUUUGCUGCCAUAUCCAUUGCAGCACACGAAACCUAUGGCGAAUCUCCCUAAUCUCCGACGCCUGUUCGUCGAGGCCAGGACCGAGGCCGAAGAGAACGAGCACUCCAGGACAGCGUUUUACAACCUUGUCCUUUUUAUCUCCUCGGUCGCUGUCUUCAGCUUGGUGGCUCAACGAAUGGGCGGAACGAAGUCGGGAAAAUGAACAAUGAACGCAAAGGAAAUGCCAGUGGUAUCUCGUACAACUCAUACUCCUGAACAAAUUGAUA